UAAACCACCGGAUGUGACGUAGGUCACAAUUCAAAGGCAACUCUUUUUGAGCUGCCUUGCACGGAUUUGGUUGCUGCGGAAAAGGAUAUUUUGGUUUGAUUUGGACUAUUUUUUUUUACUAUCUCAUGUUCCAGCAAAUAUGCGGUCCCUUUUCACGGGUUAUCGGCUUCUUUAAAAUCGCGUGUAAGUGGCGAAAUGCCAUCGACACGCAGAACUUUUUAAGCAGCUGGGCUGACUAGCAGUGGUGCUAGCUGCAUGUUGCUACACAGACAUGUUGACUAGCGCGCGGCGACAACAUGAAGAGAAUGGUGGCUAAAAUAAGGCCGAGCCCGAACGAGGAGGCUCAGAUGAUACGAGAAGAAAGGGAAAGGAGAAGGAAACUGCGACUCCAACAGGUGCGUGAGCAGCAGAAAUUCAUUGCCCUGCAGAUGCGCCAAAAUGUGGAGCAAAGGCGUCAUUGUGAGUUGGAGCAGCUGGAAGAGGAGCUGAGGGACGAAUGGGAGCGAGAGCGCAGCGAGAGACUAUCCGCGCUGCAGAUGCUUUAUGAACAGAGCCUCCAGAUGGUCGGCCAAGGACAACGGAUGGCCAAAGAAAAUGAACCUGACUUGGUGGCCAUAGCUCAAAAGGAAGCGGGGAAUCAUGCCAAAGCGGAGGAGCGCUUUAGAGGAGCACUCGGGGAGCUGAAAUCACAGAAGCUCAAAGACAGAAAGACGCAAAACCGAAUAAUUAACGCUAGGAAGAAGGCACUGCAGGUGGAGAAGGCGAGAUCAGAAAAGGUGGCCAGACUGCCUGCGCCUCCUCCAAACCCACUACUGGAUAUUGUUCCAGAGAAACUGCAUCUAGUAAAGAAGUGUGACAUCAAUGCCUUUGCCUCCACACACUACCACAUGCCCGCCACCGCAGUGGACAGGGAGGAGGACACUCCCCAGACGAGUGCCCACGAGGGAGCCGAGCUGGCGAUGAAAAAUCUGGAAGAAUUCCAAAGGGACAAUGAGAGGAAACGAGUGGAGCAGCACGAGAAGGCUCGUCUCCGAGGGAAAUCGGCUCUGCGAAAGGAGCACCUCGCGCGGGAUCAUGAGCGUCUCCUCGAGGAGUUGGAGCUCAAACAUAGGGCUGACAUGAUGAGAAGGCGGCAACAGGUGAUCCAGAUGCCGCCCCAGAUCUUCCACCCUCUCUGCAAGAGACAGGACAUGAAGGACAACUUCCAGAAGGAGAUGGAGUUUGCCUUUGAGGACAUGUACACCGGAGAAAGUAGAGUUAAAGGCAACAUGCUGGUCCAGUUGAUACCAGAACCUCUUCCUGAGGCCUCCACAAGCUGUCAGGACAAUGAGCUGGAUGUCACGUUGGAAGGACCCGCCACAUCAGAACUGCAAGCAGACCGUAAACAAAAAUCACAGAGCACUCAUUCGGAGGAUUCUGCCUAUGUGGAGCCCAGACAUCCUCCCAGACAGAACCUAAAGAGGCUUCUCAAUCGCAUCAAGAACCAGAGGAACCAGCCGACGAGCAUUGUACCCAGUCAGGUUCCAGAGAGGGACACUGAUGUUGAAUCGGAAAUGAUCCCAGAACAGGAUACUAUCGUCAUACCACAGGAGGUGCCAGAGAAGGACACAAUCAUCACACAGUCAGGGGUGGUCUCAGAGCGGACUACGACUAUUGAAACCGGCUCUCUGAGCAGGCAACCUGUGCUAGCUGAACCCAGAAAGCCCACUAAGGCAUCAUCAUCAUCAUUAGCAGAGGCGCCAAUCCCAGCAAACAUGCAACACCCAGAUCAGCUUUACACCAAAACCAUGGAAUUUGAAGAGGAGCAAAAGGAAAGGGAGAUGGAGCUGGAAAGAGAGAAGCAGCAACAGUUGGCCUUGCUCAAAGAGUUGGAUGACCAGAAGGCUCAGUUGGAGCAGCUGCUGUUGCUUAGGGGACAGCGGGAGGAAGUCCACUUAAACCAACAUUCGGUACCAGUCCAAGACCUGGUAGAAACCCAAAGUCCAGAGCAGCGACUUCCUGUUGAUGAAGAUGAGCACGCCAGAAAAAUUCAACAAUACCAAGAGCGCCUCCUGGAGCAAAACAGAAAUCAUCACAAGUCUGUGGAAGAGGCUCGAGAGCGCCUGGAGGAUUACCAGCACGCCCUUCAAAUUCGUCACAAUAUGGCCGCCGUGUCUCUGCCGUCUGCUGUUGAGGCGCCAGGCAACCUUCACCCAUCUGCACCAAGUGCUCAGCCUGCUGCCUCCGCAGUGUCAGCUCACCUCCAUGAUGACCUUCAGACUGAUGUGCAAGGUGCCUCAAAGCCACGCGCUGGUCCAGCCUCGCCUCUCAGUCCUCCUGGAUCCAGCUCCAGCUUUCUCCCCAGGGAAUUGGCGCCAAGUUCAAACCAUUCCAGUAACCAGAUGCUGAGCUGCAGCAUAGUUCCUCCUAAACCGGUCACCAGAGAAUUAAUUCCUCCUAAACCGGUCACCAAAGAGAUUCUUUCUCCUCAAGUGGUCCCCACAAAGUCACUUCCUCCCAAACAAGUCAGCAAAGAAUUUCUUCCUCAAGUGGUCACCAAAGAAUUACUUCCUCGAGUGCCCACCACAGAGUCCCUCACUUCAACACACACCGCCAGCCUUUCGUUCCGGCAAGCCUCCGGUCCCAUCCAACCUGGCACCGAGAGUCGUCCUCUGCUUCCGAGCUCGUCGACGGCAUCAUCCCCGGCAGAUGACAACGCAUCCCGGCUGCCAACACCGGAGGUCCAGAGUCUCAACGAGCAGCGACAAAGACAGGAAGAGAACAUGACGCUCCUGAGGCAGCAAAAGGAGACGUUGCAGGCUCUGAUUAAUGUGGAUUCACAACCACCCAGUGACGUCUUGCCACCAGAGGAUGCUGGUCAAACCCGUGGCAAACUACUUUCAUCCCUUCUAAAAGUCAUAGAAAAGUCUAAUGGGGGAUCGUCCCCUCCUGAGGACCAAGAAGGUCCACAUCGACAAGCCCCAUCCACCACCAAGACCGGUAAUGGAACGUCACUCCCUCCCGCUCGAGCAGCCAAGCCCCCAGUGACUCGGGUCCGGCUCGGGACGACUAUGAAGGAACAGCACGAGCUCAGUGCGAUUCAGGAAGUGGAGACGCCAGUCGACACCAGCCUGGUCACAGGCCCGGAGGAUGUUUUCUCUGUACCGCAACACACCAUCGACUGGUCUCUGCAGGAGCAAUUUGACUCCUCUGUAGCCAGCGAUCACAGAUUACAGACCCCAAACACGUCUAGCAGCAGGCAGCAGUCUGCUGAGAGACCGACCAGCGCAGGGACAAAUUCAGCGAGGUCCAGCCUACUCCUCCAUCGGCAGAGGCUUCUGAUGGGGACCCCCACCCCAGACUCCUCUGAGCAUGACUCUGGGACAGGGGAAGACCUCUUGGGUCCGGCACUCACAACCCACAACUCCCCCGCAGAUGACGGCAGGUCACCUGGGGAGGCAAGUCGACUGUCUUCACAUGGAACCCCUGAGCUAGACCGCUUCUCUGCCACGACCGUGUCCACCGGCAGCUACAUCUCCAGUGAUCCAGAGUCCAACGCCGGUAAAUCCCCAACCCUCAACUCAACGGAGACUCAACUUGGAGCGCACAUCCUUGGCACUUCCUCCCUGUUGACUCCAAACUCCUCGAUGAGAGACAGCACUGCUGCAGGCCCCUCCCACACGGCUCAACUAAGCUCGUUGUUUAACGAGGACAACGUCCAGUGCAUCAUCGACAGAUACACCAAAGAACUUGACGUCUCUUUCGGCACUGCCGGUAAAUCCACAGGUAGUGAAGGCUCUUGUUUAGAGGAGCAGCAGUCUUUGCAUCAAGUCAGUGAGCAGGGAGCGGACAAUGAAGCGUCUCAAGCUGCCCACACAACUGACUUGACUGUCAAUCCAAUCCUGGAUCAGCUGUCAGUGAUCGAGGCUCAGGACUCAUUUAGACCUCUGAUUGGUCAGCUGGCGGAUCAGUCAUCCUGCCUUGUUGCUAAUCAGAGAGAUGCCGCCAUGGAGCAGCUGGUGGGUCAACCCUCGGCUCACUCGUCCAUGAUUGGUCCGUUGCCCAGCUCGCCACUAUCGUCUGGCAUUGGUCAGAGUGGCAGGGGCUCCACUUCAAGCCGCAGUUUGCGCCCCGCCUCACAACAGUCGAGUGAACACUGGCGGAGAGGCGAGCAGGACUUGUUUGCCGGUCAGCUGGCUUCUCAGACGCAACAGUCUGCCUCGUCGUUGUACGAGCGUCCAGAGAGGUCAAUGAGACCGCUGGUCGGUGAGUUGGAUGUGUCCUCUGGUCACCACAGUGGCAGCUCAGGUGAAAGAACCUGCACGGAUCUUGGUGCGUUGACUGAGGCCACUGUACCUGCUCACCCAUCAUUACCUUCCGAAGGCUACUCUCACACUGCUUCUGCCUCUUAUUUGAAUCCUUUACUGCAGAACCAGCCUAGUGCAAUAGAAGGAGCAGACUCAUUUCACCCUCUUCCGGCUGAGCUCACCCACAACGGGACUACAGACCCAUCGGUGAUCUUUCAAGUUCCUGACCCAGACGCGACAGACUUUUCCGAGGGACAGCUGUCGAGCGGAGAGCUCAGUGUUUCCGCACAUUCUGACUUGCGAUCCAACACUGACGCCUCUAAUAGCGAGCAGUCCGCCGAGCGCUUCAGAGCAGAGGACGACUCCUGCCGGAAUGUAACCUCACUCCUCGUGGUGUCUGCGCUCUUGUCGCCUGCGCGGUUGUCGGAUUCAUCCGCGAGCGACAUUCCGCCUGCACUCAGCAUUCUUCUGGAGGAGGAUGAACAAAGUGACGCUCCAGUUUCAUUUUGUGCCCUGCCCACCAAAGAGCCAAAGCCUGAGUGGAGUUUGAACUUGGGGAACAUCUCAGUUAGGCUACUGGAAGCAGCUAAUGAGAAGGGCAUCCUGGAGCAGUCCCAAAUAACACUGGUGAGCUUGACGGACAGCAUCGUGUCUGAGAACGAGGGAUUGUGGGAGGAGACUUUGACGGAGGAAGGACAGAAAUGCCAAGAGGAGUCGGAAACAAUAAUUGAGGAACCUUCAGAAGCCUUUGAGAACCAGAGUCCAACACAUGCAGGCACGCUCCUUGAGUUCAACAAGGAUCCCAACAAAGACAUACAGAGGUUUUACGAGCAGAAGCGCAAAGCUCUACUUGAAAGGUCAUACCGCCGGGCAGAGGAGCUCAAGGCCAAAGCCGCUCUUGCCAGGACUGGGCGUCAGAGCCAAACUGCUCUGGAACUUGGAGCGCAGUCAGUGGAAUAUUCUUCUUGCAAGGCCAAGACCCCGCGAGAAAUUCAACAGGACUCCAAGCCAAAUACUGCAAAGUCCACUUUGAGCAAGCAACAAAAGCCCCAGCCGCGUCUAGCAGUGAGCAUGUCUACCCUCAGCAACCCAAGUGAAGUCAAAAAGGGCAAACGAGACCAUGUCGAGAUGCACAGGCGAACUGAGAGACUUUACGCGCAGCUGGAGGAGGUGCGGCAGCAGAAGGAAAUCAAGAGCCGACAAGAGACUUAUGCCAACAACCGAGACAAGGCCAAAGCGUUCCACAUGGAAACGCUAAAGAAGCUUAAGCGUGCCAAGCAGACUCGCCACUGAUCAACUGAAUGUGCUUAAGAUAGAAUGUUAUCAAUAAAGCUUUUAAGUUAUUUGCAGGAA